AUGGAGUCACAACACUUGGGUCAGGACGAGUUCUUCGACAAGCUCGGCGAGCUCUUUCAUAGUCGCAAGGGGAGCGACCACGGAGCCAUCUAUCUCACCCAAAAGCGGCUCACUUACAAUCAGGACUGCCCACUACCCACGGCGGACAACCCAAUGCCUGAUCUUGUCUCUGAAAACCCCAUGCCCCUUAUUGUCCGUGCAUCCAACGGCAAGUCCAAGAGGCAGAGGGCCGACAAGCUUAAGUUAUCCACCAUCGUCCAGCCCCAUGACCUCGACAAGUUUUACACUCGCUACGCCGAGAUUUGCAAGGCAGGCAUGACGGCUCUGAAACCACGGGAUCGGAGCAAGAAGAAGGCAAAGGCCAAAAAGAAGAAGACUGCGUCAUGA